AUGGCUAAUCUCAUUGGUGCCUAUGCCUUCACAGCUGCAUACUUCAAUUCUUCUGUUGUGAAUAUUGUGGAGCCACAGGAUCUUGUCAUUGCUGUUAACCAGGCAGCAUAUCAUGUCAGUCUUAUGCAUGUUGACCUGCAUGACUCCAACUAUGAGGUGGAGCAUAAGAAUUCCUCAUGGGACUAUGACGCUUCUCUUCUUCUGCCUGAAGAGCCAGGUUAUAAGGAUGGGAAUCCAUCCUCUAUUCCCUACCGGCUCCUGCUCUCUUCAUAUGCUAUCUCUCCCCCCCCUGCUCCAGUGGUCAUUGGCCCUACUGCCUUAGUCCCCAAAGUUGUAGAACCUGAGACUAGCUCAUCUAGAGUCCCCCAGCUGACACCUAUCAGGACCCCCCAGAUUUCAAGAGAACCUAGUUUCCCUCCUGUUACUAAAAAUACUAUCUCUAUGGUUCUUCCAGCUGUCUGUUCUGGCUCAAGGGCCACAGUGGUUUGUAAAUAUCAGCAGGAGACAGGAAUCCUGGCUCCUACUGUACCUGCCCCUGUCUCUAAGAGGGCCAAGCCUAUCCCAUACAUUGUUUAUAUUGCCUUCAGCCAUCUUCAGCCAUAUUCCCCUCCUCUUCCAUUUCCCUUACCUCUGGUACCUCUUUCCUCAGUUUUCCAGACCACCUUCCAGUGGAAGCCAAUUCCUGGCUCUCUUGAAUUCCCUGUUCCAUCUGCUCUAUCCAUUGAUCAUGAUACCAGUACUCCUUCUGCUGUGAAGAGCAAUAGGCCUGCUGGCUCUUCUCCAUGCUCAGUCAGCACCUCUGAUCCUGCUAGUGAGGGUCCUGAAGGUGCUCCCAUGGAGGCUGUUCCUUCAGCUCUAGACAGCCUGUUAUCUCCUUCUCCUCAUGCAUAUCAUUCUCUGACCAACCACCUGCAUGAUUGUGCAGUGGCCAGGAAUAUGUCUACCAUUGUCAUUCCAAUAAAAAUCCUUAUUUUGUCUGUUCUCCUUUGCUUUCCUGGCCAUGCUUUAACUGCACUUUGGCUGGUUUUCCUGAGGAGUGCAUUUUUGAGGGUAGAGUUGCUCUGUCAUGCCACUACCUUAUUGGAUCCUCUCAUUCUCAGUGGUGAUAGUGCUAUUCAUCAUGGCAUUGACCAUAUCAAGUGUAUCAAGGUCAAGAUCAAGCUGCUCAUGAGGUCUCUUCAGCUCUUGUAUGAGGACUGGCAGCAGGUUGUAGGCAAGCUUACUGAUGGUCUUGAUGCUAUUGCUUCUUGUGAGCAUGAUAUUGAGAUCAUCAAAGCUUAUGCACAAGUCUCUGAUCUCCUCAAAUCUUUCUUGAUGUUCUUCUUUAUUUAUAGCAGCACUCAGGGUCUUUAG